UCCCAACUAUACAUCGUUCAAAUAAAAAUUUUGAAGAAGAUUGGACAUAUAUUAUGGCGUACGCAAAUCUUCUCUGGGUGGAUGUGCUUCGACUAUAAACAAGAAAAAAAAAAAAAAAGAAAAAUAAAAAAAAAAAAGGAAUAUUCUUUCUUGAAAUAUUCAGAAGUACAUCUGAAGAAAAUUUGUGACCAUAAAAGUUGCCCAUUUUAUUUGAAAUAUCUUUUAAAAUGAGACGUAGUUCGGGAAAUAAUUACUUGCAAAAUUUCAAAUGGAACAACCUGUAUAUGUAAGUGAUUUUAAAUUUUAAUAUUAUUGAAAAAUAAAAAAAAAAGGAAAUAUGUGGAGAAAUAAAGAAAUAAAAAUCAUAUUCGUUAUGGAUUAUGAGGCAUAUAAUAUAUAUGUGUACGUGCGGGUGUAUAUAUAUAUAUAUUUAUCUUAUGUAAUAAAUUAUGCAGCUGAUUAAUUGUAAAAUUCAAUUAUAGAGACCUAUAGAUUUCCUAUUUUUUUUAAGUUACACUUUUUGAUCUUUUCUCUCUCUCUCUCUCUUCUCUUCUCUUUCUCCUCACGCUCACUUUCUCCAGAUGAACGAUCGUUUCUACUACGUAUUAUGUUACAAACAUAAUUCUAUUCUAAUUUGAAAAAACAAAAAUAUCAAUUGCUAUUCGUUCAAAAAAAAAAAAAAAGAGGAUGAUACAUUUAUAAAACAAAAAAGAAGAAAAAUACUUCCUGUCAAGAAAUGUCAUCAACGAUAAUAAAUAUUAAGAAUAUUUAAUCGAUCCGUAUUUAAUGAUACUUAUGUAAAAUCUAAUCGACAUUAAUCGAUUAUAGUAUUAAUAAAAAGUUUAUUAUCAAAAAUGAUUCAUAAAAAUUGGAAUUUUUGUAAGGAUUUAUUCGAUGAUAAAAAUUACGAGGAAGCUUAUAAUAAAGAUCAAAUUGAAGAAAAAUAUGAAAGGAGUUUAUUUGCGAAGGACAAAAUAAAAAAUCUUGCACAAGCAAAUCGGCAUAAUGUUAAAAAGAUUCGUAAAGAUUUAAAGGCCAUGUUACCAAUGAUACCUUUUGUCGAAGUAAAACGGUUCUAUUUAAAAUACAAUGAAGCAAUAAUAGAUGAACUUAAAGAGGAUGGUUUAGAAGAGGCAGCUGAUUUUAUUCAAAAAUUAAUUGAAUUCAAUGAAGAAAAAAGAAAUAUUGCUGGCCCUGAUACAUCGAUUUGGGCUAAGCCACGAUUAAUGGAUCAACGAGAUCUAUUAGAUAAUCUUAAAGAAGCUUUAAUCGCAAUUGAAAGUGCUAAAAAAAACGAGCAAUGGAUCGAGGCAUCAAAUUAUUGGAUAAAAAUAUCAAUAUUUUUUCAAUCGAAAGGUGAAGAUUGGUGGUGGGUAACAAAAACACUUUAUCAAAAUGCCCUAAAAGCAGCUGAAUCCAUUGAAAAUGACAACGGAUACAAUAUUACUGCAAUACGAUAUCUUUAUGGAAGAUUUCUUUUCAUGAUAGACGCUGAAUGGCUCAAAGCACUCGAGUAUUUGGAUAUUGCGCGAGAAGCAUCAGAAGAAAGGAUAUGGAACGUUUCUAAUAUUUUAGGCGAGAACGAACAAACUAUUUUUAAAGAAUCCUGUGCUCUUAUAUGUAAAAUACUUCUAACUCUUGUUCAACGUAUCGGUGAAGAAGAUUCAGAGUUUGCUAUAAAAGCUUGCAACGAAGCUUUACAAAGAACUAAAAAUAAUUAUUUUAUACAAAAUCUUAUAUGUUUCAAGCUAGCUGGUCAUUACGAUUACAUAGCUAAUGCAUUAUAUGAGUUAGGAAGAAUACAUUUGCAUUAUGGCUAUGUCAAAGAAGCUUUGCAAGAAUUUUCUAAAUUACUUGCCAUGGCUAAAAGAAUACCAGAUCCAAAGGGAAUUUGUAAUGCACACAUGGAAUUAGCCUUUGCUUAUAAGGAAAUUGAUGAUACUGCAAAUACAGAAAAACAUCUACAUUUGUUUAGAAAGAAUGCUACCCAAUUUAAUUUGUCAUAUAAACUUGCACAAGCGCAUUACUAUACCGGCGAGUAUUUAUUAAAUCAGAUGAAACCAAAUUUGGCAACGUCACAUCUGGAGAAUGCUUUUACCUUAUAUUAUGAUCUUGGAUCUAUCAAGGAAGCAGAUCAAGCAAGAUUUAUCACUGGAAUAUCGAGGGGACAAGAACAAAUUGAACAAUUUAUAGAUCUGAUAUUAGAAUGUGGAAAACAUAAUCCAUAUGCUCUUUUAAAAAUGUGUGCCUGGAAAAGUAACAGAAAUGUUUUCUGGGCCGAUAAACAACGCGAUAUUGAUACAGGUUUUUAUGACUUCACUUAUUUAUAUAUUAUCUUAAUAUAAUGACCUACAAUAAUUAAAUAUUAUUACAUAUUGCAGAUUAUCAUCAUGAAUAUUGUGAAUAUUUUACAUAUCCAAGUUCGUCAAUUUUAAAUAAUUCAA